AUCAAUCCAAUUCGAAUUAAUCAAUUUAUGCAACUGGUUCAUUUCGUAUCGCACAUUGAAAUAAGAAAUAAAUUCUUUUCGUUCGCCCGUUCACGUUCAUUUAACUCGGACGAUUACGGGAGCCUCGAAACGGCAAUUACAUAUCUCAUCUUCUACAAGAAGAUCGAGAGCUAGCAUGGCAAACACCGAGAGCCACGUAGGGCCAGACCUACGAAUCAGCACUAUAAAAGAGAAACCGAUAGAAGAGACCACAGAGACCAUAAAAACGUUGGAUCAAAAAGGAACGGAGGUCAAGAGCAAGAUCUAUGUGCAACUAAUUUCAGCUGUCAUAGUGAAUUUCACGUUAAUCUCCGCUGGGAUGAUGUUCACCUGGUCCGCGGUCUCUUUGGUGAAACUCGAGGACCCGAAAUCGGAUAUCCAUUUAACCACGGACCAAGGAGGAUGGUUAGCUACGAUCCUGUUAAUCGGCGCCUGCUUUGGACCAUCGGCGUCCCUCCUCUUGCUAGACCGUAUCGGUCGUAAAUGGUUUCUCUAUGGCUUGUCGGUACCCACCGUGUUUUGCUGGGUACUGAUCUACUUCGCCGACCGCUGGGAAUGGAUACUGGUCGCGAGGUUUUUCGGCGGAAUACCCCUCGGGGCGAUAUACGCCAUGGUACCCGUGUAUUUAGGCGAGCUGGUGGAGACCAGGAUCAGAGGGGCUGCCGGCGCGAUGAUGGUUCUAUCCUUGAACAUCGGAUUCAUGAUCAUCUUCGCCGUUGGGCCCAAGGUCGACAGAAAGACUCUGUCUCUGAUCUGUUUGGUACCAACGGCGGUCUACUUGGUAUCGGCACCGUGGAUACCGGAUUCCCCGUACUACUACUUGAAGAAGGGUAAAACAAAAUGCGCCUCGUUAACGCUCGCCUUGCUGCGACGUAAGGAGGACAACACGUCGGAGAUAAAAGACAUGCAUAAACUGAUAGAGGAGGAGAAGACCGGCGGUAUUAAAGAACUGUUCCGAAACCCGACGAGCAGGAAAGGUUUCCUAUUACUACUCUUGUUAUUAGCUGGACAACAGUUGUGCGGAUCGACAGCCAUUCAGGCUUAUUACAUCUCAAUAAUUGAGGAUAUGCAUAUCAUCUGGUUGGACACGUAUUACGCUUUAUUAAUAAUCAACGGAAUAAACGUAGUGUCUUCGAUAAUCUCGACUGUACUGGUAGACAAGCUAGGCAGGAAGCCGGUCUACAUAGUGUCCUCCAUAGGCACGAGUUUCUGCCUGUUCGCGUUAGGCGCUUAUUUUCUGCUGCAACAUUUUGGAAUAGACGUGAAAGCUUUCUCGUUGGUACCGCUGAUCGUGAUUCUGAUCUACACGAUCCUGUUCUCGUUCGGCGUGGCUCAGAUCCCGGCUAUAGUGCAGUCAGAAAUAUUCCCGAUCAACGUGAAGAGCUGGGCGUCGACCCUAGCCAACACUUACGGCUCUGUUCUAGGCAUGCUUGUUACCAAGAUUUUUCAGUUGAUGGUCGAUGGUUGGGGAUAUCACGUUGUAUAUUUAACCCUCGCCGUGAUGGAGUUAAUUGUUGCCAUAACGGUGAUCGUGAUUAUGCCGGAGACCAAACAAAAAUCGUUCGCGGAAAUCCAGGAAUUGUUGAAAAAUGGGAGUAACAAGAAACGAAUUGUUCAAUAA